AUGACUCCUCGCCAGAGCCAGUUUCAGAGCCAUUGUCUAUUCCAUGACUCCACUCCACAGCCAGUCCAUGACUCCACUUCAGAUCCAGUUUUAGAACCAGUCUAUGACUCCACUCCAGAGCCAGUUCUAGAGCCAGUCCCACACUCCACCCCAGAUUCAGAAUCAGUGUCAGUCCAGGGCUCCACUCCAGACCCAGUUCCAAAAUCAAUGCCAGUCCAUGACUCCAUUCCAGUUUCAGAUCUAAUUCAGUUCAUUACUCUAUGCCAGAACCAGUUUCAGAGCCAGUGCCAGUCCAUGAGUCCAGAGUCAGUUCUAGUUUUGCUCCUGCCUGAUCUCCUGUCCCACCAGAUUCAUACUGGUUUCCUGUUCUUCCAACUCUAUGCUCCUGCCCUGUUGGGUGUUUCUAUGAUGAUGUCAGUCAGAAUGGCUCCUCAUCUUACUCUGCUCAUUCUGCUUAUGAUUCACAGGAUUUCUUGUGCUGAUUGGGGUGUGAAUUAUAGUGCGCCUCACUGUGCACUAAAGAAUUCAACAGUGAUAAUGAGCUGUAAUUAUACAUACCCUACUGGACAUCAGAUCGUGAAUGUUUUCUGGACAAAAGAAAAAGACAGAAAAGAAAAGGAGGAUCAUCCAGAUCUAUUAGAGGACCCUGAAUACAGUCAGAGGCUUCAGUAUCUGGGAGAUGAACAGAAGUACUCUACCAUCAGACUGAGUCAAGUGACGAAGAAAGAUGAACACCGAUAUUUUUGCAGAAUCAUUACUAACAAACCUGGUGGGAAAUGGAUUGAUGUUACAGGAGUGCGUCUCUCUGUCACAGAUCUUCAGCUGGAGUCUCCUGAGAGAGUGACAGAGGGAGAUUCAGUCCGUCUGACAUGUAGAUGCAGCUGUAAACUGACUGACACACCAACAUUCAUCUGGUACAGAAACUCACACACAUUGACUGAAGAAACUACUGGAGACAAACUCAUCCUCAAGUCAGUCAGAAGAGAAGAUGCAGGCAGAUAUAGAUGUGCUGUAAAUGCACACACACUCACAUCACCUGAGGUCUAUCUCAAUGUCAUGUAUCCUCCCAGAAACGUCUCAGUGUCCAUCACUGAUUCUGGUCAGCUUUGGUUUAAUUCAGUGAGUCUGGUGUGCAUCAGUGACUCAAACCCUCCUGCUCUGAACUUCAGCUGGUUUAAGGAGAAUCAAAGCUCAGCUGUUGGAUCUGGACAGAGUUUCAGUGCAGUACAGAGUGGACGCUUCUACUGUGAGGCUCACAAUCCACAUGGAGCUCAGAGAUCAGACGCCGUCACUGUCACUGUUAAAGGACACCCGGUGCUCUUCUACAUAGCGAUUGGAGUGGUUUGUGGAUCAGCGGUUUUCAUCACAGUGGUGAUAAUUUGGGGAAUCAGGAGGAAGAGAAAUGCCACACAGUCUCAGCUGAAUCAUUCCAGAGGUCAGGAUGACAGAGGUAGAGCUUGUAAUGAUGAUUUUAAUCAGCCUGUAUAUGAGAAUGCAACGGCUCUUCAAGUUACCUCUGACCACUGUAAACCUGAACUGGACUCUUCUGUGUAUGAAAACCUUCCAGUAAGUUAA